AUGUCGUCACAAGAUCCCCGCCAUGAGGGUGAAGAGGACAUGUACAUUGGCGCUGACGAAGCCGAGGAGGUCUUUGACCGUGAUGAGGACCACCAUAUGGACUCCGAAGGCGAAGACGAGGACCAGCCUAUGACCAUUGAGGAAGAGCUCACCUUCCAAAACGACUCUGCAGCACACUUUGACGCCCACGAGGACUCGAUCUUCUGUGUCGCACAGCACCCAGUCCACAACAAUAUUGUCCUGACCGGCGCUGGUGACGAUACCGCCUACAUAUUCGACUCUACGCCUCCCGAGAAGCCCGUCCUCCCUCGAAGCUAUGAAUCAAACCCCCAGCCGCGCGAGCGUGAGUCUCAGGUCGCUCUGGCCAAAUUGGAUGGACACAGCGAUACCGUCAAUGCGGUGGCUUUCACCGAGCCUGCGGGUGAAUAUGCCGUGACAGCGGGUCUGGAUGGCAAGCUUCGCGUGUGGCGGGAUACCUCGCCCAGGAAUCGUGGAGAAGCCUGGCAGUUUGUGGCCGAGGCCCAGGAGGUGGAGGAGAUUAACUGGGUUGCUGUCUGCCCUUACAAGCAGGGUGACGAGGAGAAGCGCAAUGUUAUUGCUAUCGGCGCCAAUGAUGGUAGCGCCUGGGUUUUCCGCAUUGAUGCUACGGAUUCGCAGCCCAUCGCAAUGGUUCAGAGUUUCUUCCAGCACACCGCGUCCUGCACUGCUGGUGCUUGGACAGCGGAUGGUAACUUACUUGCUACCGUGUCUGAAGAUGGAAGUCUCUACGUUUACGAUGUCUUCGGAGCUGCCGCUGCUGCUGGUAUUUCUGGAUCCCCCGGUACCAACGUCGUUGUUGCUUUGACUGCAGAAGAUCAGCGAUUCGCUGUGGAGGGAGGUCUCUACUCGAUCGCCAUUUCGCCUGGCGGUGGUAUCGCCGCAGUGGGUGGUGCCGAGGGUCACAUUAAGGUCGUUGGUCUUCCUCGACUUUCUGGCGGUCCUCAGGCUGCGAAGGGCAAGGGUGCUCAGUCGGCCACUACUUCUGCUGCUGGUACUAUCCUUGCCGAUCUCCAGGCGCAGUCAGACGGCAUCGAGACUCUUUCCUUCUCCCAACCCCCGCUCACCCUUCUUGCUGCUGGCUCCGUCGAUGGUUCUAUUGCGCUGUAUGAUGCUGCUCAUCGCUUCGCUGUUCGCCGCCACAUCCGGGAAGCUCACGAAGGCGCUGCCGUGGUCAAGGUCGAGUUCCUAUCAAGCCGGGCACCGACUGCGGCUCCCCGUCCCGGCCCCCUUGCGGCUGCUACUGCCGCAGGCCAUGGACGCUCAUAUCUGCUCACCUCCGUCGGACUCGAUGGUGUGGUCCGGCGAUGGGAUGCCCGUGGUGGUACCACCGCCGCUGCUCAGGGUCUACUGAAGGAGUGGAGGGGACACAUGGGUGCUUCCGAGAACGAAGAGGGCGAGCAGGCUGGUGGUAUCAUGGGUUUCGUCCAAGGAUUCGAUGGGAAGCGCAUUGUCACUGCUGGUGACGAUGGUAUCUCAUUGAUCUUUGAGGAGGAAUAG